UUGGUCCCAGUCAUGCUCCCGAUGGAGCCUAUCUCGGUAAAGGUGAGUGAAGAGAAGGGAAAAGGAUGAAUCAUAGAACGGGGAAAGGAUUUGUUUGCUGACAAUCAACUACUGUGCCUCACUCCUUUUAGCCAAAAAACUUAAAGCAGACUUGAUCGAAAAAGCAAAGAUUAAGAAAAAGUACUUUAAAGAACAAGCAAAAGCCGAAUCAGAAAAUCAAUCGGAUAGCAUCUUUGCAGAACGUGAUGAAGGAAGAUUUGCACCUGAGAAGGGGAUAGAAGGACAGGAUGGGUUUGAUCUAGUUGAAGCAGAAAAGGCAUCGCAAAGGAGAAGAAGGAACGAAGGCCAAGAGAGCUCGGAGGGAGGCAAUUCGAUGUCAAAACGAAAGCAAGCCAAGGCUGAAGCUGCUAGAGCUGCUGAAAUGGAAUCCAGAAGACGUCUCUUGGGUGGGGUCAUACAUACUGACAGAGACAAAGAGGGAGAAAAUGUUGGCGAGCAAAGGACAUUCGACAAACCAAAAGACAUGGAAACGAGCGAACAGAGGAAAGAAGAAAGACAAAAGAGACAAGAUAAAUGGAAUUCCAAAAGUGGAAGUAGAACGGGAAGACAAAGAGGUCAACCUAAUUUGGGCGCCAGGAUGGAUUUACUGCUCGAUAAGAUCAAGAGGGGAUAAGAUAAAGACUUCUCGUCAUCAUACAUGUGUAAAAUAAGAUUGUAC